AUGGAGUCAAGAACUUUUGUGGUCGUUGGAAUGGCUGGAUCUGGAAAGACUACCUUUUGCCAGAGGUUAUACUCCUGGUUGAACACUGACAUUGUUCUGAAGAACGGUCUAAAUGCAAACAUUACUUCUAUAAACUUAGAUCCUGCUGUGGUUAAUCCGAAGAUGCCGCUUACGAUCGAUAUAAGAGACUCAAUAGACUAUAAAGAGACCAUGGGAAAGUAUAACUUGGGACCCAAUGGUGCAAUCAACACGUGUUUAAAUCUGUUUCUACUCAACUUUGUCCCACCCGAGCCAUCCAAAUACACAAUUGUUGACACGCCGGGACAGAUAGAAGCCUUUACCUGGUCAUCUCCGGGAGACAUGAUAAUGGCGCUAUUGAAAAAUGUAUGUAUUCUUUACAUAACUGACUUGUCACUCUGUACUAACAAGCACGUGUUUAUUAAUAAUAUGGUCUUUGCAGCUGCUCUGAAAUGUAAGUUUAAAAGACCCGUAUUGGUCGUAUUUAAUAAAGCUGACUGCUGCGAAUGCAACGAAAUUGAAAAAUGGAUUCGGGACUACAGCUAUUUUAGAGAAAGCUUGACGGAAAACGAGUCAGAACUAGGAAGCAUGGCACUUUACUUCGAAGAAUUUUAUAACAGCUUGAAGUUCACAGUUGUAAGUAGUUUUACUGGGUCUGGAAAGCAUGAAUUUCUAUCAGCCGUUGAUCAGAUAUUCACCAGUAACUGGCAAAAGUAA